UGGCUCGGAUAGUCAUGCCUUAAGGCAAUGCACCGAAUUUGAAAGUAAAAUACCCGCUAGCUGAGUUAGCCUAGCUAGCUGUUUAACUCAUAUCGGUUUAAUACCGCAGCUCUGUUAACUACCAGGUUAGUUGUUAUGGAGAGGUUUGUUAGUAGUGUAUGUGCUAUAGGUUUAAUUAUUAUUUUCAUCUCACGCGCUGAAGGAAACAGAGGAUAUUCCUAUGCAGAUUGCACGUACGUGAAGCCGGACUAUCCCUCCACCUACUACGGGGCUCGGUGCUUCUGCUACACCAGUCCAGCAAUCAAAUGGAAAGAUUACUGGUCCACCUUCCAUGUCGAGGUGACAGGCCACGAGGACGUCGUGAUUGUGUACCCCAUGGAACACAGAACCUGCCACAGCACAGAUAGCCUCCUACAGCUCACCAUGUGUCUGAUGGAGUACUACUGGCCCUCCGGGGUUCAGAAGGAGAAGACUGUGGACAUCCCUCUCAUCGAGGAGGAAGUGUUCUUCAUGGCCAAGGCGCCCAGAUCCAGCACUGCGUACACACUACAUGUCUCCAAACACAGGUUUAACAGGAUGCGUUUCUUCCUCUUCGUCUCGGGACUCACGCUCUUCUUCUUCGCCGGAGCCGUGUGCAGGAGCUCGAUAUUUUUCUACAUCUCGGGGAUUUCACUGGGAAUGACCUCCAUUUACUUGUUCCUGCUUCUGGCCCUGAAGAAGUUCAUACCAUCACAAGGACUGUUCCUGCUGCUGUUCGGUGCCGGCUCCGGUCUCUCGUACCUGGGCAUCCAGAAGCUGAUAAACAAGCGUGAGGAGAUCCUGACGCUGUACUGGAGAGAGCUGCUCGGUUACCUGCUGGUGUCAGGUUUUGUGAGCUUGGUGCUGUGUUAUCGUCUGGGCCCGGUCACUAGCGGGCGCACUCUGAGCGUGAUGACCUGGACGCUGCAGGCCGUGGGCGUGGUGGUGGCGUGUCACGGCGUCACCUACGCUCCCGUGUCCUGGGUACUGCUGUCUCUGCUGCUGGGAUUUAAGGUCCUGCCCCUGCUCCUCGCCCUCGUCCUGGCCAUCCGGAGACAAGUGAGCUGGCUGCUGUGGACGUUCCUGGGUCUGUUCCAGAGGAGGAGAUCCUCUAAGAGCAGGCUGCUGACUGAGGAAGAGUAUCGUGAGCAGGCUGAGAGACACACCAGAGCCUCUCUGGAGGAGCUGAGGAGGUACUGCAACAACCCCGGCUUUCCGGCGUGGGACACGGUGCUGAGACUGCGAGCUCCACAACGGUUUGCGGAGUUCCUGCGUAGCGGAGCCCACGUCAUGCCGUCAGAGCUGCAGAGCCACGAGCUGGACAGAUACUCCGGCUUCAGUACCGAGCAUGACGAUAACACACUUCUGGACUCCACACACACCAAGGCUGCGUCGGUGGACUUCAGCGACGACGAGAUCAACACGCACACGCCCCAAACUCCAAACCUGAGCUCCUUCUCUUCUCCUUCUCCUGCUCUACACACUCCUCUCGCUUACACACCACCCUUCUGCCCCUACCCCUCUACACCAUACCCCCCCACACCCUACAUCCCGACAACACCCGAGCGUCCGCUCACAGACGACGACGACGAGCCCUUCUGAUCCGCCCGGCUCCGCCUCUCA